CAUUGCCAGUUUCGCCCCCAAAAGGUCUGCGGCCUGCCAGCCUGGCACAGAUGGGAUCGCAAGCUCCCGUCGACACCGUCUUCGUGCAACGUAUCCGACCUGGCCGGACUCCAAUACCGAUUCCACGAUCCGCUGGUACCAAUCUUCUAACGGCUCCUGUCACAUAGCCUCCUUUGAUUCCGGAAUGCUCCAUGCGACCAUCGUCUCUGUAACAUCGCCGUAGAAAGCGACCUCCUCAGCCCUGACAUCCUGCGCCGCGACUACGAAACGUCUACUUCGUCCAUUGGACCACCAACCUUAAAAAUAUCUCCGUCAGCCUUGCCUCCUCGCCUCCUCCACCAGACCUAUCAUCAAGAUGAAGGCCGGGCUCUAUGCCUCUGUCCUGGGCAUGUCCCUUUGGACAGCUGGUGCCCUGGAAGUCAAGAUGGAUCAAACCGAUGAGAACAGACAGAGAUGCUCAGGCAUGUACAGUCGCAGCGCUUGGGGCGGCCCCGUUGAUCCUUAUAUCAACGUCAUGUUCCUCCCGAAGGAAGCUCCAGCCGACCAGGAUCCUAUCGUGAGCUUGGUCAUCUUCGAAUGGAAGGACGAGGACUUGAUCGGUGUUCGCGAAACCCCAGACGCUGAAAACAAAAUCGGAAUUUGCCAGGACGCAUAUGUCCAGAAGAACUACUGUAACCAGACGGACAUUGGCAAGUUUAUCAUUGACCCAGAUUCCACCACCAAGUCGAAGAACAUGAUCGAGACGAAAGCCAUCCAUCUCAAAGAGCCGCAGACGACUAAAUACAUGAUUCGAAAGACUGGAUACUACUGUGUCCUGACCGAUAAGUUCUCUGCGGGCGAGUUUACUGCCGUUGUUGAGUUCCGCAAUGCCUACGGCGAGCUGCCUGCAACACAAAUUCCGAAGCUACCUUUUUACGGAGGGAUCACCAUUCUCUAUGCUCUGGUUGCCGUGUUCUGGGGUUUCUUGUACUACCAGCACCGACACGAUAUUUUGCCGGUUCAAAACUACAUCACGGCCAUUCUCAUCUUCUUGGUUGUAGAGAUGCUGAUGACUUGGGGUUUCUAUGACUACCUCAACCGGAAUGGCGCAAACAUUGGCUCCAAGGUACUGCUGGUCAUAGUUGCUAUCCUGAAUGCUGCUCGUAACUCGUUCUCAUUCUUCCUACUGCUCAUUGUCUGUAUGGGAUACGGAGUUGUGAAGCACACGCUUGGACGCACUAUGAUCUGGGUGCGCUGGCUCGCGAUCGCUCACUUCAUCUUUGGACUCGUGUAUGCAAUCACGAGCUUGCUGAUUACGCCGGAUGCUGCUGGCCCGUUCGUGUUACUCAUCGUGCUCCCACUUGCUGGCACUCUGACUGGCUUCUACGUGUGGACCCUGAACUCUCUGAACUUUACGCUCAAGGACCUGCGCGAACGCAAGCAGCAUGCUAAGGAAGCCAUGUACAGAAAGCUGUGGUGGUGCAUCCUGAUUAGCAUUUUUGUCAUCUUUGGCUUCUUCUUCUUCAACAGCUUCAGCUUUGCAUCUGUCAGCGACCCCGACUACGUCCCCUUUCACUGGAAGUCGAGAUGGUUCAUCCUCGACGGCUGGCUGAACCUUGUCUACUUUGCCGAUGUGGCCUUCAUAGCUUACGUUUGGAGACCCACCGCCAACAACAGACGCUUCGCCAUGAGUGAUGAGAUUGCCCAGGACGAUGACGGCACGUUCACAAUGGCAGACAUCGGCGCGCCGGACGAUUCGGAUGAUGACGAGGAGGCUCAGUUGGGCAAGGCCAACAACACGGGUUCCCAGUUCGCAGGUCACACCGCUUCUUCGGCAACGCCCGCGAGUAGUAUGCCCCAGCAACAGCCGCAAAGACACGUUCCGCGCGAGUCUUUAGAUGGUGAGACUAUCUUCGCUGUAGGAGAAGAUGGCGACAGAUUCUCCGAUGAUUCCGACGAGGAAGAUGCCAAGCUGGUAGGAAAGAAAUAGAGAAAGGCUGGCUUCGUUUUUCCAGGUACUGGAUCAAAGUCAGCAAUCGUGUAAUUGCAAUGUACAACAGCAUGCACUCCAGAGGGGGCAUUGGCGUUGUCCGCUUAGGCUCAUCAUCCAGGAGAUACAGUUUUUUUCGUCGUUAGAGAUGGAUGUCGAAUCACAUGAUUGCUAGUAAUGAUGUCUAUUUUUACAUCUCCCCUCC